AUGCAGGUUCGUGCACAGCCCCGCGCGAGCGCGCUCGGGCCCCGGACCCAGCGGGUGAUGUCAGGCGGCGGGAGCGGCCGCAGCCCGGCCCGGGAGGCCACGGCCCCUGGGGAGCUGGAGGGCGGGCGGGACGGCGCGCUCGGCCGCGCCGCGUCGCCUGGAGACGGCCCUGGCGGCGCUGUGUUGCUGAUCCAAAACUACUAUAAGGCAGAGAUCAGGGCGCCGCGAGCUCAGGAGAGGCGGCGAGGCAGCCUCGGGGGCCCCCCGGCCCCAGCGCCCCCCCUCCGGGGCCGCGAUGGUUCCGCCCGUGACCGAGCAGAGCAGCAGCUAGCCGGAGCCCGAGCGGGUAGCGGCGCCGCGAGCGAACUGUCCCCGCGCCCCCAGCAGCUCCCCGCCAGCCCCCCGGCCUCCGCCCUCAGCCCCGCGACCAUGAUGUUCUCGGGCUUCAACGCCGACUACGAGGCGGAUUUCUGCACGGAUCUGGGAGCCUCCAGUACCAACUUCAUCCCCACCGUGACUGCUAUCUCCACCAGCCCCGACCUGCAGUGGCUGGUGCAGCCCACCCUGGUCUCCUCCGUGGCCCCUUCACAGACCAGAGUCCCCCACCCCUACGGAGUACCCACUGCCACAGCUGGGGCGUACUCCAGAGCUGGCAUUGUGAAGACCACAACAGGAGGCAGAGCGCAGAGCAUUGGCCGGAGGGGCAAAGUAGAGCAGCUGUCUCCAGAAGAAGAAGAGAAACGGAGAAUCCGGAGGGAGAGGAAUAAGAUGGCUGCAGCCAAGUGCCGGAACCGGAGGAGGGAGUUGACAGACACUCUCCAAGCGGAGACAGAUCAACUUGAAGAUGAAAAGUCUGCUCUGCAGACCGAGAUUGCCAACCUGCUGAAGGAGAAGGAGAAGCUCGAGUUCAUCUUGGCAGCUCACCGGCCUGCCUGCAAGAUCCCAGAGGACCUGGGCUUCCCAGAAGAGAUGUCCGUGACUUCCCUGGAUCUCAAUGGGGGCCUGCCGGAACCUUCCACCCCAGAGGCAGAGGAGGCUUUUACCCUGCCCCUCCUCAAUGACCCUGCGCCCAAGCCCUCAGUGGAGCCUGGCAAGAGCAUGGGCAGCAUGGAGCUGAAGGCUGAGCCCUUUGAUGACUUCCUGUUCCCAGCAUCCUCUCGACCUUGUGGCUCGGAGACCGCCCGCUCCGUGCCAGACAUGGACCUGUCUGGCUCCUUCUAUGCAGCAGACUGGGAGCCCCUGCACAGCGGCUCCUUGGGGAUGGGGCCCCUGGCCACAGAGCUGGAGCCACUGUGCACCCCGGUGGUCACCUGCACGCCCAGCUGUGCUACCUACACGUCUUCCUUCGUCUUCACCUACCCCGAGGCUGACUCCUUCCCCAGCUGUGCGGCCGCCCAUCGCAAGGGCAGCAGCAGCAACGAGCCCUCCUCUGACUCGCUCAGCUCACCCACGCUGCUGGCCCUGUGAGCAGCAGGGCAGGGGAGGCAGGAGGCACCCACACAUGCCGCUGCCUGAGCUGGUGCAUUUCAGAGAGGAGAAGCACAUCUUCCCUCGAAGGGCCCCGUAGACCUAGGGGAGACCCGAUCUGUGCGUGAAUCACACCAGGCUGUGGGCCUCAAGGACUUGCAAGCAUCCCGCAGUGUGGACUUGAGUCCUUACCUCUUCCAGAGAUGUAGCAAACGCAUGGAGUGUGUAUUGUUCCCAGUGACGCCUCAGAGAGCUGGUAGUUAGUAGCAUGUUGAGCCAGGCCUGGGUCUGUGUCUCUUCCCUCUUUCUCCUUAGUCUUCUCAUAGCAUUAAUUAAUCUAUUGGGUUCAUUAUCGGAAUUAACCUGGUGCUGGAUAUUUUCAAAUUGUAUCUAGUGCAGCUGAUUUUAACAAUAACUACUGUGUUCCUGGCAAUAGUGUGUUCUGAUUAGAAAUGACCGAUAUUAAACUAAGGAAAGAUAUGACUUUAUUUUCCAGUAGAUAGAAAUAAAUAGCUAUAUCCAUGUACUGUAGUUUUUCAACAUCGAUGUUCAUUGUAAUGUUACUGAUCAUGCAUUGUUGAGGUGGUCUGAAUGUUCUGACAUUAACAGUUUUCCAUGAAAACGUUUUAUUGUGUUUUUAAUUUAUUUAUUAAGAUGAUCUCAAAUAUUUAUAUUUUUAUUUUAUUUUUUUUCUACCUUGAGGUCUUUUGACAUGUGGAAAGUGAAUCUGAAUGAAAAAUUUAAGCAUUGUUUGCUUAUUGUUCAAAGACAUUGUCAAUAAAAGCAUUUAAGUCGAA